AUGCAGGAGUGCAGGCCGCUACUGAUGAAAUCGACGCUGCCGAAUGACGACCGUGGGGUCGCAAUCAGGCGUAAAGACAGUUGGGUACCGUCGGAGCAUUCGUCAGAGGUGGGCGAUGAGGCGUCGAGUGCAGGUUUUGCGGGGAAGUACCACAGCACCUACAGGAAGCUGGAGAACCGGCAUGUGCAGUUGAUAGGGAUAUCGGGGGUGAUUGGAACAGCGCUGUUUGUGUCUAUCGGGAAGGCGCUGUAUCGAGGCGGGUCUGUGUCGCUGCUGCUGGGGUUUGCGCUGUGGUGCGUGCCGAUCCUGUGCAUCACGGUGUCAACGGCGGAGAUGGUGUGUUACUUGCCAUUGAACUCGCCGUUUCUGCGGCUGGCGUCGCGCUGUGUGAACGACUCGCUGACGGUGAUGGCAGGGUGGAACUUCUGGUUUCUGGAGUGCGUGCAGAUACCGUUUGAGAUUGUGGCGGUGAACUCGAUAAUCCACUACUGGCGCGACGACUACUCUGCGGCGAUCACGCUGGUGGUGCAGGUGAUGCUGUAUCUGCUGAUCAGCCUAUUCGCGGUGCGGUACUACGGCGAGAUUGAGUUCUGGCUCGCGAGCUUUAAGGUGCUGCUUGCUGUGGGGCUGUUCUGCUUCACGUUCGUGACGAUGGUGGGGGGGAACCCCAAGCGCGACCGCUACGGCUUCCGGUACAUCGGCGAGGCGCCGUUCAAGCAGUACUCGCCCACCAUGGAGCCUAUCUCGUCUUCUGCAGGGUACUUCCAGGGCUUCCUGGCCUGCCUGAUCCAGGCAUCCUUCACCAUUGCGGGGCCGGACUACGUUUCAAUGAUUGCGGGCGAGACAAAACUGCCGCGAAAGGUGCUGCCCGUCGCCUUCAAGCAGGUAUUCAUCAGACUGACGGUCUUGUUCUUGGGCGGCUGUCUGUGUGUGGGGAUUGUCUGCAGUGCGAACGAUCCGGACCUCACAGCCGCGAUCAAUGCAUCUCGGCCCGGUGCGGGCUCCUCACCGUAUGUCAUUGCCAUGAACCAUCUAGGCAUUAAAAUACUGCCCGACAUUGUCAAUGCCGCAUUAGUAACGGCCGCAUUUUCUGCCGGCAAUGCCUACACAUACUGCUCAUCGCGGUCGCUCUAUGGGCUGGCACUCGACGGCUAUGCGCCCGCGAUUUUCAAGCGCUGUAACCGCUUCGGGGUGCCGAUCUAUGCCGUAAGCGUUUCGGUCAUGUGGUCGGUCCUCAGUCUGCUGCAGCUCAACAGCAACAGUGCCGUCGUGCUGAACUGGCUCAUCAGUCUUAUCACCGCGUCGCAGCUCAUCAACUUCGGCGUCCUCUGCGUCGUCUACCUCUACUUCCGCCGAGCAUACCUGGCCCAGCAGGACAACCUUCCGGAGCUUCCGUUCAAGUCCUGGUGGCAGCCGUAUACCGCCUAUGUCGGCUUGACCUGCGUGCUGCUGAUCGUAGUCGUCCAGGGCUACACCGUCUUCUACAGCGCGUUGUGGAACGUGAAGGACUUCUUGUUCUGCUACCUGAUGGUCUUUAUCGAUAUUGCCAUCUACUUGGGCUACAGGUAUAUCUGGCGCAGGGGCAAGGAUGCGGUGAUCCCGCCCACGGAAGUCGAUCUAACUACAGGACUACUGGAAAUCGAGUUACAUGAGCGGCACCACGGUUUCGAGCGGUACUCCUUUUUCCAUGUCGACGACUGA